AGUCAGGGAAACUGACACAGAAACCACUCAGUGAAUGUAGGAAAAAGUUGAGGCUCCCAAAAAUGAAUAGGGAGGAAGGGAGAGCCCUCACUUCUGCCCCAUGUAGGGCUGCAGGUAUUAUCCUGGCAAGUGCCUGUCAUAACUCGGCAGCCAUCCUGUUAGCUGGCAGGAGUUUCCUCUCUACAUUUCCUUCCUUGAGAGUGUUUGGGUGGGAUGUGGAGGCAGAAUCCAAUGUCUCAGUUUCCCGAACUAUUAUUGUGUUGUGCUUUCUGUCUUUGUCAUUCCCAUGUCGGUCCUUUGUCCCCAGCAGAGAUAGUGAGUCCUGCUUGGGUUCUCUCCCAGCAAGUGGAAGGCCAAUGAAGGAGAACACUCAGGAAAAUCAACAGCAGGAAGGUCCUGGAACCAUAGACUCACAGGGAACAUUUGUGGAAAGAGUUGAAGGGGAUUUUCCCCAGCAUGUAGAGCAGGGGGAAGCCUGGGGGAAUCGAUACAGGGCAAAGAGGCAGCUGGAGAACAAUCCAAGCAGGAAAGCAGAAGAAUCCAGUGAAUGUAGAGGAGGAUCACAGGAUCCUAAGGAAAUUCCAGCCCAACAGACAGAUCAAGAUGGAAAGAAACCCUGUGAAUGCUCAGACUGUGGGAAAAGAUUCAGAGAGAAGUCAGGCCUUAUUCUGCCUCAGAGCGGACACACAGGAGAGGGACUCUGCAAGUGCCAGAAGUGUGAAAAAAGUUUAAUUGAACUGUCAUCCUAUAUUGAAAAUCAGAUUUCCCACAAGGGAGAGAAAUCCCAUAAAUGCUUGGAAUGUGGGAAAAGCUUCAGUCACAGAUCAAGUCUUAGUAUCCAUGAGAGAAUCCACACAGGAGAGAGACCAUAUAAAUGUCAUGGGUGUGGGAAAGGUUUCACUCCCCGAUCAGCCCUCUUUAGACAUGAGAGAACCCACAAAGGGGAGAAGCCAUAUAAAUGUCAUGAGUGUGGGAAAGGUUUCACUAGACCGUCAUACCUUACUGUCCAUGAGAGAACCCACACAGGAGAGAGACCAUAUAAGUGCAACGAGUGUGGAAAAGGUUUCACUGCACAAUCAGGCCUCAUUAGACAUCUGAGAACCCACACAGGAGAGAGACCAUAUCAAUGCCAUGAGUGCAGAAAAGAUUUCAAUAUAUCAUCAGACCUUACUGUCCAUGAGAGAACCCACAUAGGAGAGAAACCAUAUAAGUGCAAUGAAUGUGGAAAAGGUUUCACUGCACAAUCAGGACUCAUUAAACAUCAGAGAACCCACAUGGGAGAAAGACCAUAUAAGUGUUUUGACUGUGGGAAGAGCUUCAGUUUGUCCUCGCACCUCAUUAUCCAUCAGAGACUGCACACAGGAGAGAGACCAUAUAAAUGCAAUGAGUGUGGGAAAGAUUUCACUGUACCGUCAGCCCUUACUGUCCAUGAGAGAUCACACACAGGAGAGAAACCAUAUAAGUGCAAUGAGUUUGGAAAAGAUUUUACUACACCAUCAGGCCUCAUUAGACAUCAGAGAACCCACACAGGAGAGAGACCAUAUAAGUGCUUUGACUGUGGGAAGAGCUUCAAGUUCACCUCACACCUCAUUGCCCAUCAGAGACUGCACACAGAUGAGAGACCAUAUAAAUGCCAUGAAAGUGGGAAAGAUUUCACUCGCCAAUCAGCUCUUACUGUACAUGAGAGAACCCACACAGGAGAAAGGCCAUAUAAAUGCCCUGAGUGUGGGAAAGGUUAUACUGCACGAUCAGCCCUCAUUAGACAUGAGAGAACCCACACUGGGGAAAAACCAUAGAAAUGCCUUGACUGUGGGAAAAGCUUCACCUCAGAACUUACUAGACAAGAGAGAAUCCACACAAUUCCUUGCAUCAGCCAAUCCCCCAGGGAAGAAACCUCUCAGAUUUCAGUACCUGGUGUGUAAAACACAUCUGUUAGAGCCUGGGCACCAGAGACUGCUCCACAACCAAGGGAAAUUCUGCCUAAUUCCCACACACAGGUGAGUGGCAUUUGACCUCCAGGGAUCCAGGUGUCCAGUGCUGCAGUAAGGAGACAGUAGCACCUAACCAUCAACUCGUCAAUGACCCUCUGGCUCUGCCUGGUCUAAGCAAACUCCAGGCAGAGUGGGAAACCCCAAUCAUCCCUCCUGCUGGCUGCAGCCCUGCAUGCUAAGCUGCUGGGCCAUAGGGUGAGAACGAAGAGACACAGACUCCUCUAGAUGUUCCCUGGGCCUGCCUCAAGUUUCCCCUCCCCCUUGCACUCCCAGCUGGGAUCCCCCUGCCAUGGAGAUUAUGAAAAGGACACGUGGGCCAGGCCCCACUUUACCUCUAGACAUCUGUCCCCACCCCCAUUUUCCAUCUCUCUUUGGCUGGGCUCCUGCACUGCCCUAGAUCUGUUCCCUGGAAGAGGCGUGUGGAGCAAGACUGCUAAAUCUUCCCCUCCCUAAAUCCCACAGGGACACUGGGAUCUGUGAGACCAAAUUCUGAGGGGCCAGGACACUUUGUGGAGGAAACUGGGGCAAGAGCUCCACACAGAUGCAAAAAAGUGUGUGCAGAGCCACAGAGUUGCAAGGCUCAGUCCCAGAAAGGGGCAGGUGUGUGUGUGGGGGGAGGGGAGGGGGCUGCAGCUUCCCACAGUUGCCUGUGUGGCUGUCCCAGACCCUGCUCUUGUGACAGGGCAGCUCAGAGAGCCAGCCUGGCCAUGAUAAGAGCCCCAUUCCCUGGGCAGACAGUGAGCCCAUAGCACAGGCUCCGCACAGCUGUUUUCUGGGCUCUUACCCUCAGAACCCUGUGCAGAUGCAAAAACUUGUGUCCGCAACUGCAAAACUUCUCUGGGGAUCUCUGGAGAUAUGUGCGCAUUUGCAGGGCUCUGCCCCAGACCUGAGCACGUGGGGGGGAGGAGGAGGGCAGUUCCCUGCAGCAGCCCGUGUGGCUCUCCCAGCCCCUGCUCUCGUCACAGGGUGGCUUAGCGCUGCAGUGGCCAUUGCAAGAGUAAGGUGGGCAGCUGUAGGGCAGCAGUGGCCCUUCAUCUGCCCUGGGAAUGGGCUCUGAGGAGCCCUCCCAUCCCAGGCAGGUGGAGGGUCCAUACCAGAGUUCCUCAGAGCAGCUGCCUGGACUCUUACCCUCAUAGCCAUGUGCAGAUACAAAAUGUGUAUCCACACCUGCCCUGGUAACUGCUCGAUGGGUAGCAGGUACAGAGCGGCUCCCUGCAAUGCUCCC